UAUUUUUCGUUUUGCGGUUGCGAAAUCUGUGAUACGAUCCUGUGAGAUGAUUCCAUGCAAGAGAGCUAAUUCCAGCUAGCCUGUUACCACAGCUAGGCUAACUAACUAACCAAGCAGAAAACCAAUCCGACGGGAUAACUUGUUUCUUUGUUAUUAUCGAGAGUGACUAGUAGCUCAGUCAGAUCAGGUUCCAAAAUUAACAAAAAACCAACCAAAAUUGCAUACCCAGUUUGCAUCUGUGUUUGUGAGUGUGUGUGUGUGAGAGUGUGUGUGUGGCUAAAGUGCAUAAGUGUCGGUAUGCAUCUGUUUCUGUUUCAUGGAUGACAUGCAAUUUUUUAGGGCCACCUUACAAAAGAGUCUCCAUCAACUUGCUGGCCUUGUGUCUUGAUGCUGGCCAAGACUGUUGGCAUGUUGUUGUUGUUGUUAUUGCAGUUGUCAGCCGUGUCUGUUUGUCUGUCCUUUUUCUGGGAUUGGGAUUUUUUCUUAUUGGGCUAAGUGGCCGGUUUUUUGUUUUCUUGUUGAUGCCCUUGCCCAAGCUAGUAACUGAGGCAUCAAUAAGUGCCGUUUAAUGGGGUUUAAUUUCAAUAAAAUUACAAUACUUAAAGUUGGUUUUAUUCUCCACAUAUGCUCACGUUUGCCUUUACGGUGGUUUUUUGGAAACUACCCGGAAAGUCAUACCCACCAUACCCACCUGUCCGCCGUCGCUCGACUUGGCGCAAGCAGCGGCAGCGCUGCCUUCAUGCGCUUGUAUCGACGACAACGACGACGACGUCGACGAUCAGUUUCCUUUACGUCGAGUAUAACUUCAAGCCAAUUGCCCGCUUUCAAUUCAGUUGCCGCUGAGUAUUCAACUGAUUCAAUUCGAGAUUUUAAGAUUUUCUGACCAAAAAACAAAAAACAAAAGUGCAAAAAAGAAAGAUAAAAUAAAGAAGCCAAAAAACAUUUAUAAACAAGAAACCAAGUGUGAGGAACUGUACACAAAAUGGAGAUACUAAGAAGCGAUGCUGAUUGCGUGGAAUCUGAAAUUGCUAAAUUCUAUGCCAACAAAACAAUAUUGAUCACUGGAGCCACUGGAUUUAUGGGCAAAGUUCUUGUCGAGAAACUCUUACGCAGUUGUGGCGAUUUGAAUGCCAUCUAUCUAUUGAUCCGUACCAAAAAAGGGGUCGAUCCUAGUGUGAGGAGAGAGCAGUACUUCAAGUGUGUAAUCUUCAACAAACUGCUGGAAAAGAAUCCCGACGUCGUGGACAAGGUGCGCGUGGUAAAGGGCGAUUUGCUGGAGCCAGACCUUGGCCUGAGCCACAAUGACAUCAACACACUUGCUUCGAAUGUGGAGGUUGUAUUUCACUGUGCGGCUAAUGUUCGCUUUGACCAGCCACUGCGUCCCAUGGUUAUGAUGAAUGUGGUGGGCACACUGAAAGUGUUGCGUCUGGCUGAGAAAAUGAGCAAUCUGCAGGCCCUUGUCCAUGUCUCCACAUCGUAUUGCCAGUGCAAUGAGAGUGUGCUCGAAGAGCGUGCCUAUCCGGCGCCACAGAAUCCCUUCUCGAUCAUUGAGAUGGUAGAGACCAUGGAUGAUGCCGCCCUGGCGGAAAUAACACCCAAAUUACUAAACGGUUUGCCCAACACGUACGCUUACAGCAAGGCACUGUCCGAAGAUCUAAUUUGCAGAUACAACAACAAGCUACCCAUAAUCGUCACAAGGCCCUCGAUUGUAACGGCUGCCAUACAAGAACCACUGCCAGGAUGGAUUGAGGGCGUCAAUGGACCAACUGGCCUAAUGAUCGGUGCCGCCCGCGGUGUAAUACGUUCCAUGCAUUGCAAUCCGGACUACGCCUCCACAGUUAUACCAGUUGAUAAAGCCAUUAAUGGCAUGAUUGUGUGUGGGUAUCAUCGUGGCAAGGCCACCAUGGAGUCGAAGGGUCAAAAUCAAGUGGAUUUCUGCAAUCUAUGCAUCUCGAGCAAGGCGCUAAUGUCUUGGGGCGAAAGUAUUGAGACGGGACGACGAUUCUUCUACAAGACACCGCUUAGCUUUGCCCUCUGGUAUCCGGGUGGUUCGAUCAAAAAGAAUUAUUUCCAUCACAUGUUCUGCGUCAUAUUUUUCCACUAUCUGCCUGCAUAUUUUAUUGAUUUUUGGCUCUUCAUCUUUGGACAGAAGCCCUUCUUGGUUAAUGUCCAGCGUAAAGUGUCCGUGGGAUUAAAGUUACUGCAAUAUUACACAACAAAAGACUGGGAUUUUAGAAAUGAACGUUUUCAGGAGAUGAGCAGCAAGCUAAAUGCCACAGAUCAGGACUUAUUCGACACCUCGGUGGGUCAGGUGAACUGGGAGACCUACAUCAGCAAUUACAUUGUGGGCAUGCGUACCUACAUUCUGGGCGAAAGUGAUGACACUCUGCCCCAUGCGCGAAAAGUCCUGCGUCGUCUCUAUAUCCUGGAUUGUGUCAGCAAGAUUUUGUUAAUCGCUCUCACAUUUUGGUUCUUGUGGACCCAUUUAGAUGGAUUUUUAGAGAGAAGUGAUGCCUUCAUACGUUCUUCUUUGUAUAAUAUUUACAAUGAGCAAAAUACUACCACAUUACAUGCAUAAGUUUUCGCUUUUUUUCGUCUAAAUAAAUAAAUUUCA